UGUGCCGCGGUGGGAAGGGGCGGGCGCUCGGGGCCGCCGCCGCUUCCCCUCCGCCUCGGGGUGCCGCCCUGGCCAGCCCAGCUUUGGAGCGCCGCGCCAGGGGCGGGGCGGGGCGACAAGCAGUGCCCGGAGGUGAAGGGCCGAGCGCCGAGCCUGUGUCCCGUUCCCCUGGGCUCCCUGAAUGUAAGCAUUAUGGAGAAGACAAGAUUCCGCCAUCAACACUAUAAUACUGUCAUAGAAUUCCUCUAAAGACCAGGAAGUAUUGCUGGUAUCGUGCAUUCUGGAAAUAUGUUUUACUACAGGUACCACCAAGGCUUUGCAAAUAGGAUGAACAUGCUGCUGUUGACUGCUUACUGACAGUAACCAGCUGGGCAUUUCACUCAUGAUGUUUUCAUUCUCACCUUGUCCAAUUGGAAUUUGCUUAUACUGAUUUUUAAAAAGAGGAAUAAAUCAAAGUGGAGUACCAUAAACUUGACAUGGAAAAUAAAAAGAAAGACAAAGACAAACCAGAUGAAAGAAUGGCACGGCCUAGUGGGAGAUCAGGCCAUAAUCCGCGUGGAGCUGGUUCUUCAAAUUCUGGAGUGUUAAUGGUUGGCCCUAACUUCAGAGUUGGUAAAAAAAUUGGAUGCGGUAAUUUUGGAGAACUACGGUUAGGAAAAAAUUUAUACACAAAUGACUAUGUGGCAAUUAAGCUGGAGCCAAUGAAGUCGAGAGCACCACAGCUACAUUUGGAAUACAGAUUCUACAAGCAGCUAGGAUCUGGAGAUGGAAUACCUCAGGUUUAUUAUUUUGGCCCAUGUGGCAAAUAUAAUGCUAUGGUGCUAGAACUACUUGGUCCUAGUCUGGAAGAUUUAUUUGACUUGUGUGGUAGGACAUUUUCUCUUAAAACCGUUCUUAUGAUAGCCAUACAGUUGAUUUCUCGUAUGGAAUAUGUCCAUUCAAAGAACUUGAUAUACAGAGAUGUAAAACCUGAGAACUUCUUAAUAGGACGACCUGGAAACAAAACCCAGCAAAUUAUUCACAUUAUAGACUUCGGUUUGGCAAAGGAGUACAUAGAUCCAGAAACAAAGAAGCACAUACCAUAUCGAGAACACAAGAGCCUUACAGGAACAGCUAGAUACAUGAGUAUAAAUACACAUUUAGGAAAAGAGCAAAGUAGAAGAGAUGAUUUGGAAGCAUUGGGUCAUAUGUUUAUGUAUUUUCUCAGAGGAAGUCUUCCAUGGCAAGGUUUAAAGGCGGAUACAUUAAAGGAACGUUACCAGAAAAUUGGAGACACUAAACGAGCAACUCCGAUAGAAGUAUUGUGUGAAAACUUCCCAGAGGAAAUGGCCACUUACCUGCGUUAUGUAAGAAGGUUAGACUUUUUUGAAAAGCCAGACUAUGACUACUUAAGAAAGCUCUUCACAGACUUACUUGAUCGCAAAGGCUAUAUGUUUGAUUAUGAAUAUGACUGGAUUGGCAAACAGUUGCCUACUCCAGUGGGUUCAGUACAUUCAGACCCUGCAAUCUCUUCAAACAGAGAAGCAUAUCAGCACAGAGACAGAAUGCAACAAUCCAAAAAUCAGUCGGCAGACUAUAGGGCAGCUUGGGACUCACAGCAAACCAAUCCACAUCAUUUGAGGGCUCACCUGGCAUCUGACAGACAUGGUGGCUCUGUACAGGUUAGAAAAAUACACACUGAAUUCAUUAAAUUACAGUUAGUAGAACUUUCAAAGUGUCAUCAUAUGACUCUGUUGGCAAUUGUGGCACUUCAGAAACCUUUCAUUCUUUGUCAGGUAGUAAGCUCAACAAAUGGAGAACUGAACACAGAUGACCCAACUGCAGGCCGUUCAAAUGCACCCAUCACAGCUCCUGCAGAAGUAGAAGUAAUGGAUGAAACAAACUGCCAGAAAGUUUUGAACAUGUGUUAUGUAACUCUCAGAGCAGUUCUGGUCUGCCUCUGCCCACUGCUACUUUUUCAGUGACUGAGCAACAGGGUGCCUUGGAUAUUUUGAGAAGGUGCUGCUGCUUAUUCAAGCGGAGGAAAAGGAAAACCAUUCAGCGCAACAAAUGACUAGAACCAAACAGAACACGGGAAAAUGCUUAUUUGUUCACCUGUUGUCUUGUGAUCUUAAAAAAACCCCAACAACAAAACCCAAAGCAAAACCCUCCAAAAUAAACACAUUUUCCGAGGACUCCCUGAGAAACAAUAUCAUGUCUCUGUUCUUUGAUUUGGUUCUUCUGCAUCCAUCAUCCAUUUUUUUAAUUCAUCUGUUCUGAAAGCUUUAAGAUAUUAUCAAAUAGGAGUGCUUCUUUGACCAUCAACAUAUGGACCAAUGAAAUGAUAGAACAUGAACAGUAUCUUGAGCAAAACUGAACUUGAGAAGUAUUUCUUCUUUCCUAGGAAGUAGUAGCAGUGUCUUAGAUGAAGACGGAUGUCGUAAAUCAGUUAUUUGAGUUUGUAGCAGUGUAUCUAAAGCAGUUUUCUUCAAAAAUUAAGAAGAAAAACACAGGUGCACAACCAUAAUGCAAAAUAAUAAAAUCUUAAGAUUUAUUUUA